AUGUCGGCUACACAGGAGCAAAUAGAUAUGCUAUUGGAUUUUGUACAAGAAAACCAAGGAUUUGCCAAGGGGGUAAAGAAAAACGUGGAAGGGCGGGUCAAAACAAAUCAACUAUGGAUAAACAUAACUUCCAAAUUGAAUAACGUUGGUGGCGCAGUAAAAACCGUAAAGCAGUGGCAAAAAGUUUGGGCUGAUAGAAAAUAUUUAGCUAAAAAAGCUGCCGCAGCCUAUCGUCGAUCAGCUGCGACUGGUAGUCCUACCACACCGCCACCGCUCUCGGAGGCGGAGAGAAGAGUGAUAGAAAUAUUAGGUGAGGACUUAUGUACGCGGCAAACUCAAGCUAGUAGUCCUGCUUAUAAGCAGCAGAACCUUCGUGACGAUCAAAAUACAGACCAAAGUUCAAGUGAGGAGUCUACGUAUGAUAAAGAUUUAAUCAUCAUAAAGAGAGACCCGCUUGCGGCGGAACGUAAAGGAGAGAAUGUUUCAAAAACUUCCGAUCAGCCAGCCUUUCGAAACCAACGCAAAAGACGAAUCCUUUCGCAAUCCCAGCGUAGUGAUUCUGACGUUGAGUUGCAACUUGUCCAUCUUGAAGAGAGAAAAAUUGAGGAAUUAACGGGGAUUCGGCAGGAACUACGAGAAUUAACCGGCGCUGUGCGACAGCUUUUAGAAGUUAUUCAAAACAAAAAU